GCGGAAGCUUCCCUUUUCACUGCCAGCAUCUCAACUGCCGUACUCCUCCCACAUGGAACUAUAAAAGAGCCGUGUUGUUGGUUGAUCAAAUCACCAGUUCUCUCAGUUUGAGAAAGCAGCUUCUUCUCUUCUACAAAAAACAAGUCAACAUGAAGUGCCUGAUGAUCUUGGCUGUUUUGGUUGCUGCCGUUGCUGCUGCACCCCAGUUCUAUCCUGGCUACUCUUCCCUUGGCUACUCUGGUCUUCCCUACGCCGCUGCUCCUGGCUUUGCUUACGGUUACACAUCUCCCGUUGCCUACGGUGCUGCUGCUCCCGUUGCCUACGGUGCUGCUGCUCCCGUUGCCUACGGUGCUGCUGCUCCCGUUGCCUACGCCGCUCCUGCCCCCGUUGCCUACGCCGCUCCUGCCCCCGUUGCCUACGCCGCUCCUGCCCCCAUCGCCUACCAGACUGGUGCCAAAGUUGUGGCCAAGUACGAGCCCGUCGAGCAACACGGAUAUCAAAUCGCUUAUUAAACGACGUACCAUACCUGAACGAGAACAUCAAAUCACCUGUUUGUAUCCAGCGAAGCUAUGAGUUCACCAUUGGGAAAUGCGGGCAUCCAUCCGAGCAUUUAAAAGACGAAAUAAAAAUUUAUGAAAUCGA